UGAAAUUCUUAAAAGUAGCUCAUGUGAUAACUCUAAACUCACUGUCAAUCCUCAUUUUAUACCUUUAAUUUUCUUCUACUAAAAAGAGUAUGCCAAGCUACAGAACAUGACACAGUGCUCUCUUUUUUUUUUAAUAAUUUUUAUGUAAAAAAAAAAAAAAAAAAUGAGUGACAAGUUGAAGGUCUCAAAAAAAUUUCUAAAAAUAGAGGUCUGUUGAUAUAAAUGUUUUCUAUAUAUAAUGAGAUUAAAAUUUAAUUAAGAAGAGAGAUUCUGUGAAGGUCUGCAUUUUGACAUAUUCAUUCAAGCAACUAAAAAAAGAAAAAUUUAAUUAUAUAGAAUGAGGUUCAUCUGAAAAAUUCUGAGCUACGCAAUCAAAAAAAAACAAAACGAAAAAUAUUUACCGCUUUUUCUAAAAAAAAAAUAAUGUGUCAAAUAAAAAAAUCAUCAUAUGCGUGUAUGUGUAAAAGAUCUGACCUCAAGUUAUCUUCCCAUGCAUUUAUUUUAUUUCCGAUUAAUCAAACGGAAAUGGACUUGUAUUUUUGAAGGGAGAACGGACAGCCUUGAGCAAUUGAAUCAAUCGCGAAACGAUAUGUUCUUUUUUUUCUUCUAUUCAAUUCUCAUAUGAAUCAUUCAAAAACUCAUUCAACCUUCAAUAUAAUAUCUUAUUUAGAUAUAUGCGAGAUCAUCAAUCUCGAAACCAGUAGAUACAAAAUUUAUCAGCAUCGAAAUCAAAAAAAUUUGAUUCCGCGUAUCUCUAAUCUUAAUAUAACAUUUAAAUUUCGCUUAAUAUUUUAUAAAAUAUGAUCUAAAACGAGUGUUGAAAUUUCAGGGGUAGAAAUUUGGACUAGUGUCCUGCACGAGUACCAUUUUUCGCAAUUGGUACAUUCACAAUCAUAGUACGAUUUUCAAACAUUUAUUUUAUUAUGAAAAAAUAUACUAUUUAAUUUCUCGCGUAAACAGCAACAAAAAAAGAUCAUCUCAAAUUUAAGAUUCACUUGAUUUACCUUUUUUGAUAAAUAUCGCUUUUAACUUCUGUGAUUCAUUUUCAAGUACUCACAAUAGAGAUAAAUGCUCUUCUUUUUUUUUUUUUUUUUUGUUUUGAAUUCUAAUGAUUAUUUUUCUUAUUUUCUAGUCCGUUGAAGGCAAAUGGAAUAGUACUAUAACAUCAGUUAAAGAUCGUCAAAAACAACAAUUUAAAGAUCGUGUUAUGCAACUACAUGAAGAAAGUUUAGUAUCGAAUAGUUUACAAAGUUCGAAUGGUAGCAAUAAAAUAUAUACACGUCUUAAUGCAAUACUAUCAUCACCAUUAUCUGUUGUAAUUGCUGUACCUGAUACAACAUUACAUGAACGUCGUUUAGAAACAAGUUAUACUGUACAACUUGGUGCACAAUUAAAAUCAAUGUAUAAUCUUCGUUUAAUUCGUUGUGAUAUGCUUGAUUAUUGUCGUUUAAAAACUGAGAAAAAAGAUAAUAAAAUUUUAUUUGAACCACAACGUCUUCAAACACUUAUGUCACUUUAUUCAAGUUCACUUUGUGGUCUUGUAUUACUUGUACCAAAACGAAUUCGUUUAACAACUUCUGAUAUUAAAGAAGAAUUCGCUUCUGUAUGUGAACGUUCAACUGAUUUUCAUUUUCCAUCAUUUGAACAACAAUUAUCAAGUAUUGAAGAAUGUCUUCAAAAAGCUAAUCAAGUUCGAUUAACAGCAUCUCCUAGUCUCGAUUCAAAUUCAAUAACAAGCAAACAAAGUGAUACUUCUAUAGAAGUAAGUGACAAUGAAUCAUAUCUUCAUUCUUCUAUAGAACAUUAA